CGCCAUUGCCGCCCUGUUUGAGUCCUGUGUAGCUGCAGGGAGGCCAGUGGUGGAUUGUCUUGGGCGGUGGCGCCUUCUGCUACCCUGCAGGCCCUUUAGAAAGGACACCUGCUCACGCCCCAAAGCAGGAAAUGGAGCCAGUGACCUUUGAGGACGUGGCUGUGAACUUCACUCUAGGAGAGUGGGCUUUGUUGGAUUCUUAUCAAAAGGAGCUCUACAGAGAUGUGAUGAAGGAAACCUUUAGCAACCUGAUCUCCAUAGGGAAAACAGAGGAAGAAAAUAUUGGAGAGGACUACCAAAGUAUUAGGAGAAAUCUGAGCACUCAUGUGGUUAAAGGAUUAUAUGAAUCUGAAUGUGGUAUUCAGUAUGGAGAAACCCACCGGCAGAUUCAAGAGCCUGUUGGUAAUGAGGACAUGCCUCCUGGAAUAGCAGUCUGUGACAACAGUGUGUGUGCAAAUGAUGCCAUUGGUCUUUCACAAUCAGAUGCGCAUCGCAGUGAUCCAACUGUAGAGAAGCCAUAUGAGUAUCAGGAAGAUAUGGACAAGUCUUUUAAACAUAAGAAAUAUUGGAAAGAUUUUACGUAUUCCGAGUCCUCUCUUACCCUUGAGAAUCUUUCCAGAGAGAAACCCUGUGAAAAUAAACUCUUUAAUGAGCACUGGAGGAGUCUUGCUUCUGCUCAGGAUUCUCAAGCAACGCGCAGUGGAGAUAACGUCCUUGAAUAUAAGCAGUUUGAAGCCGCUCUCAUGGCGUGUAGUUAUGUUCAGUCUUAUGAAAAACUCCAAACUGGAGAAAAGACAUUUGUGUGUAAGCAGUGUGGCGAAGCCUUCAUUAAUUCUAGUCACCUUAUCAAACAUCAUAAAACUCAUACUAGAGAGAAGACUUUUGCAUGUAAGUACUGUAGAAAAGCUUUCAUCCAUCCCAGGGCCUGUUACAAUCAUGAACGAACUCACACUGGAGACAGACCUUAUGUGUGUAAACAAUGUGGGAAAGCAUGUAUUCAUUCUUACCACCUUCUCCAACAUGAAAGGAGUCACACCCGGGAAAAACUUUAUGCAUGUAAGCAGUGUGGGAAAGUGUUUGGACGUUCUUCAUACCUUCGUAAACAUGAGAGAAUUCACACUGGAGAGAAGCCGUAUUUAUGUAAGCAUUGUGGAAAAGCAUUCAGUGAUCCCACAACCCGUAACAAUCAUGAAAGAACUCACACUGGAGAGAAACACUACGUUUGCAAGCAGUGUGGGAAAGCCUUCAUUCGUUCUUCUCAGCUUCUGAUCCAUGAAAGAAUUCACACUGGAGAGAAGCCUUACUCAUGUAAACAUUGUGGGAAAGCUUUCACCUAUUCCAGUGCCUGUUACAUCCAUGAAAGAAUUCACACUGGAGAGAAGCCCUAUGUUUGUAAGCAGUGUGGGAAAGCAUUUACGUGUUCCACAUACCUUCACAAACAUGAAAGAAUUCACACUGGAGAGAAACCUUAUUCAUGUAAACAGUGUGGGAAAGCCUUCAUCCAGCAUAGAGCUUGUUACAAUCACGAAAGGAUUCACACCGGAGAGAAACCAUAUGUAUGUGUGCAGUGUGGGCAUGCAUUCACUUUUUCAAAAUCCCUUCAAAUCCAUGAAAGAAACCACACUGGAGAGAAGCCAUAUGUGUGUGAACAAUGCGGGAAAGCCUUCACAUGUUCGACAUACCUUCACCAACAUGAAAGAAUUCACAAUGAGAAGAAAUCCAGUGGAUAGAAUUUAUACCAAUGUAAAUCAUGUGAGCGUUUUCAUAGCCAGCUUGCAAGGAAUAAAGGAAGUAUGGAGAGAAAGUGAGAGGAUAUGAGAUCAGUAGCUGUAUAAUUUUUUCUUACAUAGCAAGCGUACAUAGGAUACAAUCUGUUGUUGUACCAGGCAUGUUGAUACAUGCCUUUUAUUCCAACAGUAGGGCAGUGGAGGUUUAGAGGAUGGCAACAUUGAGUAAAGUUUGUUUCAGAUAAGAGUCAUUAAAUUUUCUCCUGUAGAUGAUCAUUGUAUAAGCAAGAAACGUGAAGGGCUGGAAGCAAUAUUUGGUAGAAUAUUACUGAAAUACACUAAAAAAUUAAAUAUUGUAAUUUUUGUUCCUUUCUUAUGUACAUACAAGACUGCUUGACUUAAUUAAAAAAAACUUUUAAAGUAUGGUUUGGCAAGUAUAAUAACUUUGGCAUGAUUCUACCUGCCUGUUUUCCUCAUGGUUGCAAAGCUGGGGCACAACAGGAACUUUAACCCACAGUGGAAAGCCACCGGGACGCUGCAAGGAAUAACAAUAACCUCUAUGAAGGAAUAACACUAACACCUGAAUAAAGAAACUAUUUGAGUUUUGGUGAUAAAAUCUGUUUGGUAAAUCAAUUGAAUUUCAAUUUAAUAGCAGUUUUUAAAUCAAGUAAUAAUACAGUUUCCUUUGGUAGAAAGCUGUAUUGGGUUUGUCAAAUUCAGAUGGCAUUUGUAACCAUCCGAGUAUGCUUAAUUUUUAGGUAUAUUUUGAGUUGUCGUGUUUCAUGUGAAGUUGAAAAAUAUAUUUGUCCAUUGUUAGUAUUUUCUGGCUGUCAUUUUCUGGCAUGUACUUUUUUAAGCUAUUAUUGUUUGCCAGUUUCCUAAAUUUAGGUGCAUACUUAGAUUUUUUCUGAGAGUAACGUUUUUACAUAGAUUUUAUAUUUUGUAAUUUUAGUGUAUAUUUUCUUUUAAAGUUUUUGAUGUUUGAUUAUUUAUUUAUGUGUGUGUGUGUUUGUGUGUGUGCCGUAGUAGAGAUGUGGAGCUCAGUGGACGAAAUUCAAGAUUUUAUUCCCUGCCAGGCUUGCUCAGCAAGCAGUUUUACUCAUUGGGUCUCAUCACCAGCCCCAAUUGCCAUUUUUGAACUGUUCUUUCUUUUAUUUAUUGAGACAUUAUCUCUCUACCUAGGUCUGUCUCUCUAGGAACUCACUAUGGAGACCAGGCUGACCUCAAACUCAGACAGAUGUGCCACACCGUGCUUGAAACUGUGUAUCUUUAAAAAGUUAAAACCUAUUGCCAUGUUCAUCAGUUUGAAACUGGUUUUUAAGAUGUAAAAUUUCUUUUGUGUUUAUAUUGUUCAACUUUUAUUAUAAGUGUUUCUUUGCUCAUCGAAACAUAAAAUAUAUUAGGCUGAUGUGUUUCUCUGGACAAAAAAUGAACACGACCAUACCGUGUAUCUCAAUAAAAUGUAAUGAAUUUUAGUGAAUCUUUUCAAUUGUGAUUAAUGAUAGUGUUAGUCCCCACUAGGUGCAAUUUCUAACCUGCUUAAUAAUUGUUUUAAAUGACUUGAAUACACUUUAAUGUAGUUUGCGGUUCCUAUUUAUUAAAAGUACUUUGUGGUUGAAUAUAGUUCUGUCUUUUGUGUUGUAAUAAUGGUCUCUCCUGGAAGGUUGCGAUAUAGUGAGAGGAAGUAGUGAUUUAUGAGUACGAGUUAAUCUCACUUUUAAAGGGUGGCAAUUUUGUUCAUUUUCGUGAUUCAGAUUAUUUUUGAAUGUUCAGGUAGAUAUCCAGGAUGUUACUGUUUUUCCUUGUUUCUGUUUCAUCCUAGUUACUGAGGAGAAUUUCCUACUUUACUAGUAUUACUUUUUAAGGCCUUGCUUUUUCCUGUUUUACUUGUUAUCUACUAAAUAUUUCAUUAAAAUAUAUUGAACUCUAUUUUCCACUAAUACCAGUGCUUCUUAGAUUUCAUAAAUUGCAUCCUUUUAAAGGUGAUUUAUGUUAAAUACAUCCAAACUGAGGAACAUUAACCCUAGCCUACAAUGUUACUUUGCCAUAGUUACUUAGUGUAAAGUUUGUUAAAGUCAUCAAACCAUGUGUAUUUCUUUUGGGUGUAAUGGGCUGUGGCGUGCUUGCUAGUUUUAUAUAUUUGUAUACAUGAUCAUCACAGUGCAUCACUACUGCUGCCCCUAGUUAUGAUUCCAGAAAAUAUCAUUCAACAAACUGCUACCAGUGUGAGGUUAGGUUUUAAGAGCAUAUGCCAUUUAUCUUUGCUCGUUUGCUUUCCCCUUGUCAUGUUAUUUAAAAUAUAAAAGCUCAUGCCAGUUAUCUUUCUUAUGUCAAUGGAAAUACUUAAGUCCAUUCCGUCAGAUGUCUUAAAAAUCUCCCAAUUUCCUUGCUCACUGUAAGCCAGGAGCAUGGAUGUAUGAGUUUUCCCAAUAGAUGCCUAGUAAUGGACAGAGAAAGCACCAUCGUUUCAAACGAGUUUGUGGUUCUCAGAAAAUAUGUAUUAGGCUGUACUUUUCAAAUAUAUCUCGCAUGUCAGCAUGAUUGAUUAGGAACUUUAAGAAUUAAGAAUGCAAUAUGGAGAUACCCUUUGUUCUCUAUACUGUUGUUAUGGAAACACUGUUGCAAUGCCUGGUGUUGAUAAUUUAAAAAGAGUUAAGGGGUAUGCAGAUAUUAAAUACUUAUGAGGUGGAAAGAAAGCUAGGGUUAGAAUCCAGUUUUGGACACUUAUGCAACUUUUUUACCUUAUUUUUGAUCUCCACCACUGCCAAACAAGAAGAGAAAAUAAAGGUUGUUAAUGAAAUUAAUCUUUGUAAAUAUGAUUUACUCAGAGCACACUUACUUCAUUUCAUCAUGUAACUUUUUCAUUUACAACAACACAAGGUAAUUUACAAGGUAAUUGGGUACAUUGUCUCAUUUCAUUUCUGUUCUUUAAA